AUGGUGUUGAAGUACAACCCAUUAUUGGUUCCGCCUCCAGUAUCAUCAUCGGAUGAAGAACCGUCAGAUUCCGAAAACGACGUCGCUGACAGAGAAAACGACGUCGAUGACAGCGAAAACGACGUCGUUGACAGUGACAGUGACAACGACGUCUCUGAGGCCGAAAGCGAAGAGAAUGACGUUGAUAGGGGAGACGACGACGUCGUUGUGGUAGAGGACUCGGAAGAUGAGCAGCCGAUAGGCUUACUGAAGAAGUCCAAAGCUGGGGCUUCUUCGUCGAAGACUCCCACAGCUGGGGCUUCUUCCUCGAAGGCUCCCACAGCUGGGGCUUCUUCCUCGAAGCCAGCAGCUGAACCCGGGUCGGAAUCCAACUCCGAUGGGGGUUCCGACGAGGUCCGGAGCGUAUCGUCUCCGGAUUCUGACGGAUUUACUGUCCGUCAGAUAGUGCUGAAGCGGGAGAAGCAGGUGGUGGCGGGAACUGCGAGGAGACGCUCCGGGAAGAAGCCAGCGAGGUCCGGGCCCAGUGGGUCGGAGGCGGAGAAAAAGAGGAAGAGGAAGAAGGUGGAUGGUGGAGAUGGGGCUGAGAGGUCGGAGAAGAAGGAGGUGGACAGUGGGGAAGGAGCUGUUAAGCCGGAGAAGAGGGCGCUGUUUCAAAGGUUGUGGAGCGAGGAGGAUGAAAUCGCUCUGUUGCAGGGGCUCGGGGAGUACGAGCGGCAGAAAGGAACGGACCCAUUUUACGAAAUGGAUGGGUUCUUUGAAUUCAUCAAGGGCUCCAUCCACAUCAGGGUUACGCAGAUGCAGCUGGUGAACAAAGCCAGAAGGAUGCGGAGGAAGUUCGUGAGGAAUGCCAUGAGAGGCAAGGAUGGGAAGGACCCAUCUUUUAAGAGGCCUCAUGACCGCAGGGCUUACGAGGUUUCUAAGACAAUAUGGGGCGAUGGGAAGAUGAAAAUUAGGCCUAAGAGAAGAGGCAGGCCCUUCGGAACCAGCAACAGGUUUGCUUCACGGAAACGUGAAGUGAUUAAAAAGGAAGAUGGUCCUCAGAACACUCAGGAGGAGAAGGGUGGCGAGGAUUUUUGGGCUCGCUAUCCAUGCCUUCGUGACUCUAUCGACAGCUUUCCCUCCCUGCCGGAAUGGGGAAAGAAACUUAUGAUGGAGAAGCUCAUAGAGACCCCGGAGGAGAAACUGAAUGAGCUGGAGGGAAGGUGGAAGGAGCUGGGGCGGGCUGUAUGUGAGCUUCAUCUCAGCCACUUACAGCUGAUUAAGGACCAAGCUAAGGUGGUGCACGAAGCAAUGACGUCCGACAGUCAGUAGAGGUCCACAGAAUCAUAGGGUCCUUUUCUUUUUUCUUUCUUUCUGUGUCCCUUUUUGUUUUUGUUUUGUUUUUUUUUCGGUUUUGUUUUGUUUUUUGUUUUUAAUGUUUCUGUUCAGUAAUAUGAUAGAAGUACUUUCUUUACAAUUC